CGUCAGUAGUCACACUCCACCUCAUUACUCUCAUGGUCGACAUAAACCCAAGGCCGCAGAAAAGACUGCGCACGGACCCAAAUCUCGUAGAUUCUCCGGAACAAGCGUCAGAUACACACUGUCCAUCAGUGUUGUUGUCAUCUGCUUCUGUACCACUGUCUCGACCUCCGCCGUCGCCGGGCUUGAAGCCUCUGCCACCCCAUGUGUUACUCCUGGCCUUGCCAGCGCUUCUCUUGCAUCCCCCGGCACACGAAAAAUAUGCCUUGUCCCUUUUCUUGUCUCUAAAGUCAAUACGGUUGUGUUUGCAACUGCCAGCUCUGGCCCCUGACGUGGAGUGCUAUGCGUGGACAGCUCUCGCAGAGGUGGGUAUGCGGGUUAUCAGGAGCGGGUUUUGUAAGACAGCUGAACAUGAUUGGACAAUGGGACUCGAAGAAGAACACCCCAUUCUUAGACAUCUCCGUCACCAUCUCUCGCUACUAAACGCCCACUUUGCAUUUUGGCGAUCCAAUACGAGGUUUGCACGUGCUGUGCUCCGUAGAUUGAUAUCCACCUUCGUUCCAUCGGACCCUCCUACAAUCGUAUAUGCGGCCCAUCUCGCCCUCAUAACCCAGCUUACAUCCUCCCCGCCCGCAUCUCCAUUUUCUCAUGGCAAGGGUGCGGAUUCGUCUGUUUCCAUCCAGCCACAUACGAAUCCUCCAGAAGUACAGGCUGCUCUAACUGCUUUGAUAAACCUCUCAGCAAUCGCUGCACAGAACCAGCACUUCUCGAUGUUGAAGCUAGUCGCCGUGUUGCGCCUACGAGUGUUGGUUGCGGCUGAGAUGUGGGACAUGGUAGGAGAUGCGCUAGAAGGUGCCGAGAAACUGUUGUCGUUGGUUUUCGACGAUGGCGACGGUACUAAGGAAGGUGGUCAGGAACGUGGGAUGAAGAGGGAGGCUUCUGAAUUUUUGACGCGCUCGUACUCGAUAACUGCUCAGGAAGUGCACGAUAGUGUGGCAUCGCAGUCAAGGCCUCAGACGGAGUCUGACAACAAAACAUUGACGGAACAACAGCCACCCGCAGACGUACAGGACGCCGAGGAAGAUCCCUUGACUGCUGCACUUACCGUUCACACGCUUAUGCUCGGCAUCGUCUACCAUACACAUGGCGGACGUGCGCGAGCUACUGAACCUCGCCUGGCUGCCCUCCAUUUUCUAAUGGAUAGCGGUGCACCAGUCGGAGGUGUCGGCUCUGACGGUCUCGUGGAGGUUCCCCUCUCUCCGUGCCCUCCGAUACACCUCCGAGUCAGCCACCCUCGAGUGAUCUUCCUACUUACGUUCCUCAUCUCCGCUGUGGCGAAGCGUGAUCCCGUCGGGCGACGUCCAAAGAAGAAAGUGUUUGCCGAGUCUGGCAUGGUUCAAUGUAAAGCGGGAUGUGAUGAAGAUGGGGGCAGCGGAAUCGAGAUAAAUGUCCCGCCUUGGUCUUCAUAUGGAGAUGUGGAGAAUAUCGAUCAGAGUACGCUCAGGAUCGAAGCGGAUUUGCUGUGCGAACUGGCUGCUGUAAGGCUGCCCUCGUGUCAACUAAACUAUCUCGACACCGUCGUAGCCCAUACCCGGACACAUGGAUUCUUCACGGAAUAUGCGCCCCGCAUAAUGCUCCACUAUGCCCAUCUCGCCCACGGAAUCGGGGACACUGCCCGAGCUGGUACGUGCUACCGCGUUGCUGCUUAUAUUGCCGAUGCAGGACCUAUUGGUGUGGCCAAUGUAAAUACGGGUGGGUUCGUAGCUGCCGCUGCAAGAGCUGGCGAAGCACUUCUCCGUAUCGGGCUUGUUGCUAAACAGGCGGCACCGAAUAUGGCUUCCGAUUCUCCUAUUGUGAUGGGCGAAGAAUCACACGCGCCUUACCUGGACGAAUCGACAAUAGCGCUCACAAAAGAUGCCAUCGCACGUUGUUCAGCGAGCGCUUCCGCACCUCUCCCUGCCCUUGCGGAGCUUCUCUCAGCAGCACUCUCACCUUCUCAAAUCAUUCGAUCCAAAUCGCUUCUGAAACAUGCUCUCGCGCUAUCUGGUUCUGCAGGCGACAAUCACAUGCGUGCACUCGUGCUUGCGGUUGUAGGUGCGCAAUACGUACAUACGGCGCCGGAGCACGCUAUGGAGGUUUUAGCUGUUUGCGAGACGUUAGGUGCGGGUAUGGGUGCGAGCGAGAAGAAACCUGCUGGAACGGAGUCCGAGCCAAGUGUAUGUGGAGUAGGGAAUGCGGCGUUGCGGCUAUGGGUGGGGGAAAGGUUUCUCGAAUUAUUCAAGCGCGCGGGUAAGGAAAAACGGGUACAGAAACAGGGAGAGUUUAACGCGUUGUAUCGAUCUGCAGUCGAUGCUGUUCGGAUGGGUAACUGAUGUAUUAUAGUCAUAAGGGCUCUUUUCGGACUUGGAAGGCGCAUUGCUUGCACUGCUGUGCCACAUAGACGAUCGAUGCUUUGCUAUCUUAUCAAACAACUUCCCCCCUUCCCUUCGCAAUCGCACUCAUUGACAUCUAGGCAUCCGUGAAAGUGUAGGAUAACCGGUUUGGACAUUACGAUCACUAUUGCAUUGGUAGUGCUUACUGCUUACUGUACGGUGGUGGUUU